GUGGUCGAAGGUGACGGUAAGAAGGGGUGAGUUCGCAACGCGCAUGCGCUAGGGGAGAAGGGAUGAAGAACUGUACAAAGUAAGGAAGGGUAUAAGAUAAUGAUGUAAUUGUCGGAAAGGGAUGCAGGUGUUUAAUCGCGUGUAAUUUGUCGACCAAAUGGGGGAGAAAGUUAUACAACUUGAGAGAAGUUUUGCCGUAAGUAUUGAUUUCAAUAGAAUUCUUAGCAUUCCCUCUAAUAGAAUUAUUUAGUGGUUACUAGAAGAAGUAUAAUUAGAAUAUUUGAUGAACUUAAGCGAACUGAGGGGGUUGGAGUCAGUCGACGAUAGGAAGACACAACAGACGGCAUUAUGUCUUCUACGGAGGAAGACUAUAUCCAGAACGAGUACUAUGCUUACAAUCGACGGUUAUUUCGACUGAUAGGAUUAUGGGAUUACCAGAGAUCGUUUAAGAAAUUGAUUUAUGUUUGUUUCAUUAAUCUUCUAAUAAUCAUUACAGUAUUCGAACUGAUUUAUGCGAUCUUCAAUUCACGAAGGGAAUUCGACUCAUACACCGAAUUAUUACAAAAUACCUUGCCUAUUUUAUGCACCGGAUCAUGCUAUUACAAUCUAAUAUGGAAUAAUGCUAUUAUUAAGAAAAUUUUUUAUCGUAUGAAUUACGAUUGGAAGGAAUUUGCGAAUAAGGAAGAAUCAAUGAUACUGAAGAAAUAUGCUAAAUUAAGCAGAAAGUGUACCGUUGUAAUAAUAAGUAUGUGAGAUAUUAUAUGGUCGUUCUAACACUGAGCAUUAUAAUUAUAUAUCUGUUCUUUAA